AUGAAUACAUUUGUUAACAUUGAUUUCAUUGUGGAACAGUUCUGGUUGUCUGCCUUCAUCAGUAUGAGGUCGCUGGUGCUCGCUGUCCUCUGGCUGCUGUGCUGCGAUGCCGCUCGGCUGGACCGAAGGCGUCCCAGACCUUUCAUCGCCAAAACACAAAACGUGACACAAGUGGAGGAAAAAGGAGCCGAGUGCAAAAGUUCGCCGGUGGAUUUUGUGUUCGUGAUCGACAGCUCCCGCAGCAUCCGACCUGAUGACUACGAAAAAGUCAAAACGUUCAUCAAUAAACUUCUUCAGUUUAUGGAGAUCGGUCCUGAUGCCACACGUGUCGGUCUGCUCCAAUAUGGAAGCGUGGUUCAGAAUGAGUUCUCCCUCAAGACGUACACCACUAAAGCUGAGGUUGAGCAGGCGGUGAGGAACAUGGAACAUCUCGCCACCGGCACCAUGACCGGUUUGGCUAUUCAGUACACUAUGGAGACGGCCUUCACAGAAAAUAAGGGCGCACGGCCGGCGCACCUUCACAUCCCUCGGAUUGCGAUGGUUGUGACCGACGGCAGGCCUCAGGAUUCGGUGGAUGAAAUUGCGGCCCGAGCAAGACAAGCCGGCAUCCAGAUUUAUGCCAUCGGUGUGGGGAGAGUGGACAUGAGCACCCUGGAGGUCAUGGGGAGUGAGCCGUACUCGGAGCACGUACACCUGGUGGCUAACUUUAGCCAAAUGGAAACGCUCCUCUCGGUAUUCCAGUCCAAACUCUGCCGAGGCACGGCAUUGUGUGACUCGGUGGACCAUCAAUGCCAGCAUGAAUGUGUGAGCAGUCCUGCUUCUUACUGGUGCAAGUGUAGAAAAGGUUUUACCCUCCAUCUUGACGGCAAGGCAUGUGAAGAAAUAGACUUGUGUGACCUGGUGGACCAUGGCUGUGAACACAACUGUGUCAGCAUUCCACAGUCAUACGUGUGCAGGUGUAAGGGGGGCUACGUCCUCAAUUCCGAUGGCAAGACUUGCAGCAAGUCUGAUCCCUGUGAUGAUUUACAGCGUGAGUGUGAACAGGAGUUUCUGAGCACCGGGGAUUCAUGUGUGUGUACAUGCACAAAAGGGUACCGACUCAGACCAGAUGGGAAAACCUGUCAUAAAAUCGAUCACUGUGCUGAAGAGGAACACGGCUGUGAACAAGAGUUUACAAACACAGACGGUUCAUGUGUGUGUAAAUGCCGAAAAGGAUACACACUCAGACCUGAUGGGAAAACAUGCAAAAGGAUUGACCACUGUGCGGAUGGGAAACACGGCUGUGAACACGAGUUCAUCAGCAUGGAGGAUUCGUGCUUGUGUAAAUGCAGAGAAGGCUUCACACUGCGACCUGAUGGGAAAACAUGUCAGAGUGUGGACGUGUGCCAGAGAGUGGACCAUGGAUGCGAGCAUCUGUGUGUCAGCACCAAUGACUCUUACAUAUGCAAAUGCUUGGAAGGAUUCAUUCUGGCUGAUGACGGGAAAAGCUGCAAAGAACCAGAGUGCAGCAAAGGCGUCAUGGAUCUAGUUUUUGUGAUUGAUGGCUCCAAGAGUCUGGGUCCUGACAACUUUGAGCUUGUCAAACAAUUCGUAAACACCAUUGUGGACUCUUUGGACAUUUCUGAAACCGGCACACAUGUGGGCCUGGUCCAGUACUCCACCAAAGUCCGUACAGAGUUCACAUUGGGACAGUACAGUACAGCCCAGGCCGUCAAGCAAGCUGUAACUGGGAUGCGGUACAUGGGGAAGGGGUCCAUGACUGGUUCAGCCCUGCGACACAUGUUUGAGUCGAGCUUUUCAGCCAAAGAAGGCGCCAGGACCAACAUUCCACGUGUCUGCAUCGUUUUUACCGAUGGACGAUCUCACAAUGAUGUCUCUGAAUGGGCGAGUAAAGCCAAGAACUCUGGAAUAACCAUUUAUGCUUUAGGUGUUGGCAAAGCAGUGGAACAAGAGCUAAGAGAAAUAGCAUCGGAGCCCAAUGACAGACAUGUUUAUUACACCGACAACCUUGGCAAAAUGGAAGACGUGACAAAGAAACUCAAGUCCAGGAUAUGUAAUGACAAACCAGCUGAUGAGAACACGUGUCAAUGUGAGAACCUCAUCAUGUUUCAGAACCAGGUCAAUGAGAAACUGAGGAUCUUGACACAGAAUGAUAUCCUUUUUGGGUGCGCUUUCACUAAGUGAUAGUGUGAAUGCU